AUUUCAAAGACAUUGAAUUGAACUGGGAGAAUCAAGAGACAAGAAAACGAGCGACUAAACAGCAAUUCGAUAAAAUGGCAACACCUUCAAAAGAGUUCACAGCGGGGCUGGAGAGCAGUAAAGCCGAGUAUGUGAAUCUGGGGAAGAGCGGGCUCAGAGUCUCCGUCCCGAUUCUGGGGGCUAUGAGUUUUGGAAGCCGUGAGACGCUGCCGUGGGUUAUUGAGGAGGAUGAGGCCCUCCCCCUCCUCAAAGCAGCUUACGAUCGGGGUCUGAACACAUGGGACACCGCGAACGUAUACUCCAACGGCGUCUCAGAGGAGAUAAUCGGGAAAGCAAUCAAGAAAUACUCCAUCCCGCGCUCCAAGCUCGUGAUCCUCACCAAGCUCAACGGCGCGGUCAUGGAGUCCCUCAGCGACCGCGGCGCGCUGCUCGAUAGCAAGCUGUUGAAGGCUAACAAGGAUUACGUUAACAACCACGGUCUUUCGCGGUCUGCGAUCUUCAAGGCGCUGGAUGAGAGUUUGAGGAGACUGGAUACGCCGUAUGUGGAUUUACUCCAGAUUCAUCGUUUUGAUGCUAGCGUGCCAAUCGAAGAAACAAUGGAAGCCCUCCACGACCUCGUCAAGUCCGGUAAAGUCCGCUACAUCGGCGCCAGCAGCAUGUGGGCCACUCAAUUCGCACGCAUGCAGUUCGUAGCCGAGCAAAAAGGGUGGACGAAGUUCGUGAGCAUGCAGAAUCACUAUAACCUCCUCUACCGCGAGGAAGAACGUGAGAUGAUCCGGUUCUGCAAUGAGACGGGCGUGGGCUUGAUUCCCUGGGCGCCGCUGGCGGGGGGCGCGCUGGCGAGGAAGCCGGAGGAGCAAGGGGGGACGGAGAGGAGUAAGGGGAAUGAACUUGGGGAGGUGGAUAGGAAGAUUGUGGAGAGGGUGGCGGAGGUGGCGGGGAAGAGGGGGUGGACUUGUAGUGAGGUUGCGUUGGCGUGGGUGGGGAAGAGGGUGACGAGUCCGAUUGUGGGGUUUAGUAGUGUCAAGAGGAUUGAUGAGGCGUUGGGGGGGAGGGGGAAGGUGUUGACGGAGGAGGAGGAGGCGUAUUUGGAGGAGUUGUAUCAGCCGAGGAGGAUUGUUGGGCAUUCGUAGGUGUUGGGGGGAAGGGUGUGAGAAGAGAGGAUAGAAAUAAAAGCUGUGUUCUUUUAGUAUGUCAUGCAGGAUGUCUUCAUUCUUGAGUCCGCUGUUAUGAGGGA